AUGAAUCGCAGUCGAUCCCUAUCUGAACUCAAAUUCGCCGACGGAAUCGAUAGUGAGAUUCCUGUCAAUGGAUCUUUCAACGAGUUCGCAGCAGAACUCGCAGCGGAUGCCGUCAACGGCGGUGCGGUCGGCGUCACGGAUCCACGUGGAUUCGUUCUAUCCAGCGAAGCAGAAGCGGAGGAGACACUUCUUGGUGGUGGGCGUGGCUGUGAAUUCAUCCCUGAACAUUUCUACUCUUCUACUCUCAUCAUGAACGUCUACUCUGUCGCUGUCUUCGCCAUCUUGGCUGUCUCUUCCGUCUCCGGAAUCUUCAACAUUGGUGGUGGUGGUGGAAAGAAGUGCGGUGGAAACACUGGAUAUGGAAGUGGAGGCAAUGGAUACGGAAGUGGAAUCAUCAUUGGAUCACCAAAGGGAGGAAAGUAA